AUGGGGACCGGAAAGAACAAUGGUGAUGGGAACCCUCCGGAGAAAGAGACGAUAGAAACACCCCUCCAAAAUAUGUACAGCUUCUGGUAUAUCAAGCGCAGCACCGGCAACAAGGCUGUUAGCGAAAGCUAUGAAAAGAGCAUUAAAGGGAUCGGCGACUUCAAGACAGUUCAAGAUUUUUGGCAGCUGUACAACCACCUAGUGCGGCCAAACGACCUUCCAAAUACCAUGGACUACCACCUUUUCAAGACAGGUAUUAAGCCUAUGUGGGAAGAUCCAGCUAACCGACGAGGUGGCAAGUGGAUGGUCCGCCUUCGUAAGGGCAUAGCCUCGCGUUAUUGGGAGGAUUUGGUGUUAGCGAUAAUUGGCGAGCAAUUUGACGUGGGCAACGAGAUCUGUGGUGCGGUUAUUUCAGUUCGAUACAACGAAGAUAUCAUUUCGCUUUGGAACCGAAAUGCUGACAACAAUGAAGCAUGCUACCGCAUUCGUGAUACAAUGCGAAAAGUGCUCAAUCUACCGCAAUUUGUUGCGCUAGAAUACAAGCGCCAUGACAUGUCCUUAAACGAUAACUCUAGUUUCCGCAAUACGACCCUGUGGCGCCCAGACAAAAACGAUAGCAACAGCCGUGAAAGUACAGCUAAUGGUGAUCGGGCGUCUUCAAGCGCACGUUACUCACGUGGCGACAAGUCGACAGGGCACCAGCGAUCCGGUUGGAGCCGUGAUAGCAAACGUUCCUUUAACAAAUCCGACAGCAAUGACAGUGGCGAGCGACGUAGCAGCAAAACAAGUGAUGCAAAGGGCGAAGAGAGUAUGGAGCAGCAAGCUCAUAAAGCCCGCAACAAGGGUGUUGCCAUCUCGGCACUAAUUCGUGAUGGCAUGCGCUAUCGUCUGCACGACCCUUAUCUAAAUGCCUCUCUUGAGGAGGUAUACCAGUACAUUACAACCAGAAUUGAUCCGAUAUUGACCCAAGUGCUGGAAGAGGUACUAUUGUACCAGCCAGAUCAAACUGCAGAUUUUCUAGCUCAUGCCGUGCGAGGGACUUUGGACGUUCAGAAGUACAACUACGUGGAGCUUAAGCGACAGGUUUAUUUUGAUCGCAAGGUUCGACACCUUAUCAUACUGGCGACUAAUAAUGCCAUUCGCGAGCGGCCUACUGACGUACAAGAAUUCCUCGCAGCAGUUUUCGAGGCUCGAUCCAAAUUUUACUAA